AUGGGUUCCUCAUAUAUCUUGCCUCCAGUCUACAACCAAGGUCCAGCAAUCAGAUUGCCUCCUAUCCAUUCGUUAGAUUUGCCUACCACCACUGCUUCAAAAGUGGCUCCUCCUGCUAGCAACGUCAUCUUCCCAACGUAUGGUGUUGCCCCCCAACAACAGCAGCCAAUAUACUAUCAGCGGUCGCAAUAUGCUCCUGCCAUGUCGCUGUUGCCCCAGCCAAACCAGCAACUCCUGCAGUACCAGGUUGUGGGCGGCGCCACCCCCAAACCCCCAGGCCCAGGCCCAGUUGCAAUCCCCGUGGCCGCCGUUCCCACGCCAGGCUCAAGUCUGUUGUUUGUGGUACCAAAUGUCUCUCGCAACUACUCCACAUGUUCGAGUUCGUCGAUCAUGAGUCCCGUGGGGUCUCCCAACACCAGAUGUCCUUCUGUGGCCACCACAAGCUCACAGUUUUCUACUCCAACGUCCGUAGACGGCUUGAAUAAGUUGACUACUGCCGGCCACAGAAUACGGUCGUUCUCCGACCCUCAUGAUCAACAGCAACAAGAGCAGCAAGAUCAUCACCAUCAUCCCCACCAUUUGGAUCCUCCACGGGAGAUAAAAAUCGAACAAGGGUCGACCACUCCUUCAUCUCCUUCUGGUCUGGAAGCAUCCACGGGUCCCUCCUCCCCAGAAAUGGAAAUUCCCGAACAAGGCACCGUGGACGCCAACGACCACGGCGACUUGCCUCACAGCUCCCACGGAGGCAUCAAGAAGUCUUCGUGCAAGCCUCGCAAGAAGAGACAAUGUCCCGAGUGCAAGCUUUACUUUUCCAACUUGGUCACUCACAAAUCUACACAUUUGAAGCCUACAUCCCGUCCUCAUAUUUGUCAGUACUGCCAACGAGGAUUUGCCAGACCCAAUGAUUUAUUCCGUCACGUCAAGUGCCAUUGGAAGGAGAUCGGGCUGGACAAGGGCCAGUUCAAGUGUCCAUACAAGAACCAUUCGACCGGAGAUCAUUGUUGUCACAAUCUGGGGAUCUUCAGUCGGUGUGACACGUUUAAGAAUCAUUUGAAGGCUAUACACUUCCAGUAUCCUAAUGGUACAAAGAAGGACCAACGCAAUAAAGUUAACGGUCAUUGUCGGAUGUGUCACCAGUUCUUCAACAAUGUUGAUGAAUGGUUAACCAAUCAUGUUGAAAAGAACCAAUGUUCCUUUGCCAAUGAGUUGAAGAAGGAAGGUUAA